AUGCGAAGAGAAAAUAUUGCCGACAACCAACAAAUUUCUAUGGUGAAAGAAGAAGAAGAAGGAAAAAAAUGUUUCAAUUCAAGGGCGAAACUGACCCGAGGGAGAAUUCGCCUUCAUUGUUAUCCCCCGUCGAGAAAUGAUGGCAUUAAGCACAGGAUUUCUGUAUCUGUAUCAAUAUUGAAGACUAUCUACAUGAACGAAAUAACAUUUCAUGUCGUUAUCGUCUCUGUUUACAUCACCACCUAUAAAUCAUUUGCCAUUCAGAAGAAACGUAAAGCUGUGAGGGGAUCAAAUUACUAA